AUGAUGAGUGACGCAAGUGACAUGCUGGCUGCAGCUUUGGAACAGAUGGACGGCAUUAUAGCAGGUUCCAAGGCUUUGGAGUAUUCCAAUGGUAUAUUUGAUUGUCAGUCCCCUACCUCCCCAUUCAUGGGGAGCCUGCGAGCACUGCACCUUGUGGAGGAUUUGCGUGGUUUAUUAGAGAUGAUGGAAGCGGACGAAAAAGAAGGACUGCGAUGUCAGGUCCCAGAUUCAACAGCAGAAGCUUUGAUUGAAUGGCUCCAAAGCCAAAUGACUAAUGGACAUAUAUCUGGUAAUGAAGAUGUAUAUCAAGAAAGGCUAGCGCGUCUGGAAAAUGACAAGGAAUCUCUUGUUCUGCAAGUAAGUGUACUUACUGACCAGGUGGAAGCACAAGGAGAAAAGAUUCGAGAUUUAGAGUUCUGCCUAGAGGAGCACAGGGAGAAGCUGAAUGCCACAGAAGAGAUGCUGCAGCAGGAACUUCUGAGUAGAACAUCCCUUGAAACUCAGAAAUUGAACCUUAUGGCAGAAAUUUCCAAUUUGAAGCUGAAUCUAACCGCUGUAGAGAAGGACCGAUUAGACUACGAAGACAGAUACGGAGACACAGAGGGUUUGAUGCAGGAAAUCAAUGAAUUACGGUUAAGAGUGGGAGAGAUGGAUAAUGAAAGACUUCAGUACGAGAAGAAGCUUAAAUCCACCAAAGAUGAACUGGCAUCUUUGAAAGAGAAAUUGGAACAGAAGGAAGCAGAAGUAAGAAAGUUACAAGAAAAACUGGUGUGCAAGAUGAAAGGAGAAGAAGUUGAAAUAACGGACAGAGAUGAAAAUUGUAAAAAGAAGCUCAAAGACAAAAAUAUAGAGGUACAGAAAAUGAAGAAGGCUGUGGAGUCUCUAAUGGCAGCUAAUGAAGAAAAGGAUCGGAAGAUAGAAGAGCUGCGACAAUCCCUGAAUCGGUAUAAGAAAGUGCAAGACAUGGUAAUAUUGGCUCAGGGGAAAAAAGGCAAAGAAGGCGAAUGUGAAGAAUUUUUAAAUUCAGGAUCUGUUUCAGCGGUUUUAUUGGACAUGCAGAGUUUAACUGAUCAAGAGAAAAGCCCAUCUCCUGUCCCAGUAAUCAGCUCUCCAAGCCAUGAAGAGUUUAACACUACUGUUCCCGAAGAGAACUCACUACAAAUUCACACCAGCAUCUUGCAAGUUUCAAUCCCCGCUUUUCCACCAGCACCCGAAAGCCCAGAAGCAGCUACCGAAAAAGUAAAAGCACAGCCUAAACCAGAAGUUGCAAGUGAAGUGAGUGAAGGGACAACAUCAUGUUCCUCCGUAGAAACACAGCCAUGUGACAGUCCAUUAAUGUCAGCCCUGCAAAAAUCCAGCAGUCUGGGCAAUUUGAAGGAAGAGGCAUCAGAAGUGGACAAAGAACCUGUACAGAAACCAGCAGAGACUAAAGCUCCCAUGGAAGGUAACAAGUGUGGAACCCUUCCUCCAAAAUCCCCAAGCCAUAGUGGUACCGGAGAUGAGGACAGUUUUGGUACCCGAAAAGCCAGAUCUUCAUUUGGACGAGGCUUUUUCAAGAUAAAAAAUAACAAGAGGACAGCAAGUGCACCUAAUUUGGAUCGCAGUCGAAGUGCAAGUGCACCUACGUUAGCUGAAACAGAAAAGGGAUCUGCAGAUCACUUGGACCUAGCUGGUUUGCCCCCUCGACCGAAAGAAACUGAUAGUGGGCAGCUGUCUCCCUCUUCUCCAGACUCCAAGAAGAAAGCCAGAGGAAUCAAGAAACUAUUUGGAAGGCUUAAAAGGAGCCAGUCUACCACAUUUAACCCGGAUGAUAUGUCUGAGGCAGAGUUCAAAAGAGGAGGGACAAGAGCGACUGCAGGACCAAGACUGGGCUGGUCUCGAGAUCUUGGGCAGUCUAACAGUGACCUGGAUAUGCCAUUUGCUAAAUGGACAAAGGAGCAAGUUUGCAACUGGCUCCAGGGCCAGGGUUUAGGUUCAUACAUGAAUCAUGGCAAACACUGGAUACUGUCUGGGCAGACUCUCUUGCAAGCUUCUCAGCAGGAUCUGGAAAAGGAACUUGGAAUAAAGCAUCCACUGCAUCGGAAGAAACUUCAGCUCGCUCUUCAGGCCCUGGGGUCAGAAGAAGAAAACAAUCAUGGAAAACUGGAUUACAACUGGGUUACCAGGUGGUUGGAUGAUAUUGGACUUCCCCAGUAUAAGACUCAAUUUGAUGAAGGAAGGGUGGAUGGUCGAAUGCUCCAUUACAUGAGCGUUGAUGACUUGCUGUCCUUGAAAGUUGUUAGUGUCCUUCACCAUCUUAGCAUUAAAAGAGCCAUCCAGGUCCUGAGAAUAAAUAACUUUGAACCCAACUGUCUGCGCAGGAGGCCGUCUGAUGAGAACAACAUCACCCCAUCAGAGGUUACUCAGUGGACCAAUCACCGUGUAAUGGAGUGGUUACGCUCAGUUGACCUAGCAGAAUAUGCACCUAAUUUGAGAGGGAGUGGUGUGCAUGGUGGACUUAUGGUCUUGGAACCUCGUUUUAAUGUGGAAACCAUGGCACAGUUGCUGAACAUCCCACCAAACAAGACACUGCUGAGACGCCAUUUGGCAACCCAUUUCAAUUUACUGGUUGGUCAGGAUGCCCAACAUCAAAAGCGUGAAGCCAUGGAAUCUCCAGACUAUGUCCUUUUAACUGCUACUGCCAAAGUGAAGCCAAAAAAGCUUGCCUUCAGCAAUUUUGGAAGUCUGAGGAAGAAGAAGCAGGAUGAUGUGGAAGAGUAUGUGUGCCCGAUGGAACUGGGACAGGCAUCUGGAAGUGGAUCUAAGAAAGGAUUUAAGGCUGGCUUGGAUAUCCGAGUGUAUGACGAUGAUGAUUUGGAUAGACUGGAGCAGAUGGAAGAUUCAGAAGGGACAGUGAGGCAAAUAGGAGCAUUCUCUGAAGGCAUCAACAACUUGACACACAUGUUAAAAGAAGACGAAAUGUUUAAAGACUUUGCUACUUGCUCUCCUAGCGCCAGUAUAACAGAUGAAGAUUCAAAUGUGUGA